UUUUUUUUUUACAAUAUAGUCCAUUUUGACUUUGCAGCUGGCCUAUCUAAGGGGGAUUUCCUCAGUUACACCUGCUGGACAAGACUCAUGAAAAUAAAGGUCAAGCUGCUCACUAUUUAUGAAUUCGCCCGACCUUUACAAGGGUGCGUAUUGAAUCCUCCAGGGUUCACGGGUACAUACAGGGGUUGGUGCUGGUUCCAUACAGUACAGGGGUUGGUGCUUGUUACACACAGGGGUUGGUGCUGGUUCCAUACAGUACAGGGGUUGGUGCUGGUUCCAUACAGUACAGGGGUUGGUGCUUGUUACACACAGGGGUUGGUGCUGGUUACAUACAGUACAGGGGUUGGUGCUUGUUACACACAGGGGUUGGUGCUGGUUACAUACAGUACAGGGGUUGGUGCUGGUUACAUACAGGGGUUGGUGCUGGUUCCAUACAGGGGUUGGUGCUGGUUACAUACAGGGGUUGGUGCUGGUUCCAUACAGUACAGGGGUUGGUGCUUGUUACACACAGGGGUUGGUGCUGGUUACAUACAGGGGUUGGUGCUGGUUCCAUACAGGGGUUGGUGCUGGUUACAUACAGGGGUUGGUGCUGGUUCCAUACAGUACAGGGGUUGGUGCUUGUUACACACAGGGGUUGGUGCUGGUUACAUACAGGGGUUGGUGCUGGUUCCAUACAGGGGUUGGUGCUGGUUACAUACAGGGGUUGGUGCUGGUUACACACAGGGGUUGGUGCUGGUUCCAUACAGGGGUUGGUGCUGGUUACACACAGGGGUUGGUGCUGGUUACACACAGGGGUUGGUGCUGGUUCCAUACAGGGGUUGGUGCUGGUUACACACAGGGGUUGGUGCUGGUUACAUACAGUACAGGGGUUGGUGCUGGUUACAUACAGUACAGGGGUUGGUGCUGGUUACAUACAGUACAGGGGUUGGUGCUGGUUACACACAGUACAGGGGUUGGUGCUGGUUACACACAGUACAGGGGUUGGUGCUGGUUACACACAGUACAGGGGUUGGUGCUGGUUACAUACAGUACAGGGGUUGGUGCUGGUUACAUACAGUACAGGGGUUGGUGCUGGUUACAUACAGUACAGGGGUUGGUGCUGGUUACAUACAGGGGUUGGUGCUGGUUACAUACAGUACAGGGGUUGGUGCUGGUUACAUAUAGUACAGGGGUUGGUGCUGGUUACAUACAGUACAGGGGUUGGUGCUGGUUACACACAGUACAGGGGUUGGUGCUGGUUACACACAGUACAGGGGUUGGUGCUGGUUACACACCCGGGUUAGCGUUUUUGUUGUUGUCAUGAAACAAAAGGCAGGCAGCUCUGCAGAACGGUUACUAGGUGGCACAGCCACAUUUUCAUAAUAUCAGAUUAUUAAACCUAACUCUACUCCUUAACCCUUAACCCUAACCACACUGAUGACCACAACACAGCCCUAUAGGGGUUGGUGCUGGCCCUUCAGACAAGAGGAUGACGCUUUUAAUUAAAGCUGUGAUCAAGAGUAAUGAAGUGGAAACAGAACACUAAAGCCUGUUUUCACCAGCAUUAGAUGUCAGUAGGACUGCCUGUAAAUUAUAGAGGCCUCAGUCUGCCCAGCCUCCUCUAAAGUCAGUAGAUCUAACGGUAGACAGCCUAGCCUCCUCUGAAGUCAGUAGAGCUAACGGUAGACAGCCCAGCCCCCUCUGAAGUCUGUAGAGCUAACGGUAGACAGCCCAGCCCCCUCUGAAGUCUGUAGAGCUAAUGGCAGACUGCCUAGCCCCCUCUGAAAUCAGUAGAGCUAACGGUAGACAGCCCAGCCUCCUCUGAAGUCAGUAGAUCUAACGGUAGACAGCCCAGCCCCCUCUGAAGUCAGUAGAUCUAACGGUAGACAGCCUAGCCUCCUCUGAAGUCUGUAGAGCUAAUGGCAGACUGCCCAGCCCCCUCUGAAGUCAGUAGAGCUAACGGUAGACAGCCUAGCCUCCUCUAAAGUGAGUAGAGCUAACGGUAGACAGCCUAGCCUCCUCUAAAGUGAGUAGAGCUAACGGUAGACAGCCCAGCCUCCUCUGAAGUCAGUAGAGCUAACGGUAGACAGCCUAGCCUCCUCUAUAAUCAGUAGAGCUAACGGUAGACAGCCUAGCCUCCUCUGAAGUCAGUAGAUCUAAUGGUAGACAGCCCAGCCUCCUCUGUCUACUCUGCCCUCCACUGAUAAAAUAGGCCUAGCUCUUUCCCCUCCUCUUCCUCCUCCUCCUCCUCCUCAGUCCGUCACCCUAGCCUGAUAGUAUACCUCCUCAAGGUGAAUGACAGGAAUUAUGGUGGACUGUUUCAAAGGUCAGCGAGCUAGGGGUUACGCAAUUAGAAAACCCUGUUAUCAUCACUCACCCAACCGGGUGGGUU